UUUCGACCAAACCCGCUUCCCUAAAACGAGUAGAAGGACUAAUACAUUUAUUUUGAUAGUACAGGUGUUGUAGCCGGAAGACCAUUGAAAAUCCAGUGUCGCUGGCGAAGAGGCGUCACUGACCAUGGCAGCUCCGAGCAGAAAGCAGAUGUUGCGGUUUCUGAGCCAGUUGGGAGCCUUUAUUCUGACCCGGUUCGGCUUUUGGAAUUGCUUUAGUAUGUUGAUGCUGUUUGCCGAACGCGCUGAUUCAAAAAGGAAGCCAGACAUACAUGUACCCUACCUGUAUGUGGACAUGGGGGCUGCAGUGCUUUGUGCUAGCUUCAUGUCAUUUGGUGUGAAGAGGAGAUGGUUUGCGAUGGCGUCUGCAGUACAGCUAGUCAUUAGCACCUACGCAUCAUACGUUGGAGAGCAGGUGCACUACGGGGACUGGCUUAAGGUUCGAAUGUAUUCCAGGGCACUGGCCAUCAUUGGAGGCUUUUUGGUUCUGGCCAGUGGGGCUGGAGAGGUGUACAGACAGAAACCACGCAGCAGAUCUCUGCAGUCCACGGGGCAGGUUUUCCUGGGAGUUUAUCUCAUCUGCAUGGUGUACUCCCUCCAGCACAGCAAAGAGGACCGACAGGCGUACCUGAACCAUAUUAUUGGGGGAGAAAUCACUCUGAUGCUGCUUGGGGUUCUGUUUGGGGUGCUCGCUUUGGCCUUCCUCUCCGGCUACUACGUCCGUGUGGCCGCCCAGAUCCUGGCCACCGCCCUGCCUCUGGUGAUCCUGCUCAUCGAUGGCAAUCUGGGCUACUGGCACCACACGCGCAAAGUGGAGUUCUGGAACCAGAUGAAGCUGAUAGGACAUAACGUGGGGAUCUUCGGCGCGGUGCUGAUCCUCGCCACUGAUGGUUGAGGUCUUGGGUUCUGUGAGGAGGACUUUUACAGACCAUGGUGUCUGCACACUUUAUAAUAGUAGGGUUGGGUAUCCUUUGAAUUUAUCCAUUUCACUUCCAAUGCAGAUUCUGCUGAUCAGUUUUUUGGUUUCCAUUACAAAAUAGUGAAAACACUAAAUGGAAAAACAUAUUAAAUAAAAUAUUCUUUAAUAUUUUUAAGUAACUGGACAUUGAAUGCAGCAGCAGUGUGGCCACUGAAGCUGCAGCAUUAUUGCCUUGAGGCAGGUCGACGGUUACAUGUAACGCUAAACAAAUGACGUGCAGCGUUAUGGCCAGGUUUCAAUUCCCAACCCUACACACACCCUGAGAUUGCUGACUUUUGUAUCAAAGCCUGAGUUUGUAUUCAGAUUCCACCGCACAGUAACCUCUCAUGACUCGGACUCUUCAAGCUGAGAUGGUUGGACAUAAACCAGGACAUAAGAAUAUGUCAUGUUCUUUUUACAACUUAUGUUUACAUUUUCUGUUAUGCUCUGACAUGUGACACUGAGUAUUGGUACUGUAGAUACAGGAAGGUUGGUUUGAUGUUCAGAAUACAGGUAAAUAUUUUACAAAUAAAGGGAAUUUUAAGAUUUAA